AUGUGUGUGUGUGUUAAAUAAUAUACAAUUAAUACUUAAACUUGUUUUUCUCUCAGUGGGAGAAAAAAAGAUACGUGAUUGUGAUAAAGCCGCAUGCUCUAAGGUAAUGGAGAAGGGACUGUUUGUGGAUUGCUUCAUUUAUUUAUAUUAACCUGCCUGGCCCUGUGGACAUUGCAGUUUGAAACUUUCUGGGCAUCUUGGUUAUCUCUCUUAAGUACUACCCUCUUUUUCUUUUUCUCAUCCCUUCGCUUUUGCAUUCCCGUUUUCCCCUUCAGUAACCACAUUGAUUUCUAUGGAGAACCACUAAGACUUCUGGAGCAAUAGAAAAGUGUUCGUUCAAGCCCGUCUUCUCACCUCCCUACUGCCCACACUUUCCAGAAGAUGGUGGGAUUAGUGACAUGUUUUCCUAAACAGUAAUAAGAAUUUGAAGAUGUCUAGGCAGAACUUAGUGGCACUGACAGUGACCACCCUUCUGGGUGUAGCUGUGGGAGGGUUUGUGCUGUGGAAAGGCAUCCAGCGCCGGAGGAGUAAAACAAACCAAGUGGCCCAGCAGCAGCAGCAGCAGCAGCAGCAAGUGGCAGGCAGGAGCGAGCAGCCCCUUCCAGAAGAGAACCAGCUAUUCUCUGGUACCCCAAGAACCCCCAGAGCCUCGUGGGAAGAGAAGAUCCUCCAGGCAAAGGUCGUGACGGUGUCCCAGAAAGCAGAGUGGGAUCAAAUUGAGCCCUUGCUUAGGAGUGAGAUAGAAGAUUUUCCAGUACUUGGAAUCGACUGUGAGUGGGUGAACUUGGAAGGCAGAGCCAGCCCUCUGUCUUUACUACAAAUGGCUUCCCCAAGUGGCCUCUGUGUCUUGGUGCGUUUGCCCAAGCUGAUCUGUGGAGGCAGAACACUCCCGAGAACAUUAUUGGACAUUUUGGCAGAUGGCACCAUUUUAAAAGUUGGAGUGGGAAGUUCAGAAGAUGCCAGCAAACUUCUGCAGGAUUAUGGCCUCAUUGUUAGGGGGUGCCUGGACCUCCGCUACCUAGCCAUGCAACAUGGGUAUGCCAGCAUCCUGUGCACAGGUGCGCCUGCUGAAAUCAUUGCUGAGACUGUUUUGAACUUCCCCUUGACAAGUCCCUUUCUACUUCGAUGCAGCAACUGGGAUGGGACUCUCUCAGAAGACCAGGUAAUUUAUGCUGCCAGGGAUGCCCAGAUUUCCGUGGCUCUCUUUCUCCAUCUUCUUGGAUACCCUUUCUCUAGGAAUUCCUCUAUGGAAGAAAACAGUGACUCCAUCAUCUGGAGAAAAGUCUUGGAAAAUUGCCGGAAUGUGGUAGACAUCCCAUUCAGAAGCAAAGGCAUUAGCAGAUUGGGAGAAGAAUUUAAUGGGGAAACAACAGAAUUUCAGCCGAAGCCAAGAAAUAAAAAGUCUAAGAUUGAUGAAAUGGUGCCAGGCAACCACCAAGGGAGAGACCCCAGGAAACAUAAAAGAAAGCCCCUGGGGGUGGGCUAUUCUGCCAGAAAAUCACCUCUUUAUGAUAACUGCUUUCUCCAUGCACCUGAUGGACAGCCCCUCUGCACUUGUGAUCGAAGAAAAGCUCAGUGGUACCUGGACAAAGGCAUUGGAGAGCUGGUGAGUGAAGAGCCUUUUGUGGUCAGGCUACGGUUUGAACCUGCAGGAAGACCUGAAUCCCCAAGAGACUAUUACUUGAUGGUUAAGGAGAACCUGUGUGUAGUGUGUGGCAAGACAGACUCCUACAUUCGGAAGAAUGUGAUUCCACAUGAGUACCGGAAGCACUUCCCAAUUGAGAUGAAGGACCACAACUCCCAUGAUGUGCUGUUGCUCUGUACCUCCUGCCAUGCCAUUUCCAACUACUAUGACAACCAUCUGAAACAGCAGCUGGCCAAGGAGUUCCAGGCUCCCAUUGGCUCUGAGGAAGGCUUACGCCUGCUGGAAGAUCCAGAGCGCCGGCAAGUGCGUUCUGGGGCCAGGGCCCUGCUCAAUGCAGAGAGCUUGCCUGUCCAUCGGAAGGAGGAGCUGCUACAAGCACUCAGAGAGUUUUAUAGCACAGACUCCAUCACGGAUGAGCUGCUUCAAGAGGCUGCCAGCCUGGAGACCAGGAUUUCUAAUGAAAACUACAUUCCUCAUGGGCUGAAGGUGGUGCAGCGUCACACCCAGCGUGGGCUGCGCUCCCUUAUGCAGCUGGAGAGCCGUUGGCGACAGCACUUCCUGGACUCCAUGCAACCCAAGCACCUGCCCCAGCAGUGGUCAGUGGACCACAACCACCAGAAGCUACUCCGAAAAUAUGGGGAGGACCUUCCCAUCAAGCUGUUGUGAUUGUGGCUUUCCACCCAGGUCAGGACAAGUGGGAAGCUGGAGCCAAGGUCAAAAAAGUCACCUCUUCCUGUUUUAAUACAUCAUCAGUGGUCAAAGCCUGGAUGACACAACUGAGAAUUCUAACCUACACUAAUCCCAGGGUGCUUCUGAUGGAGCAAGGCAAUUUUUUUUUUUUUCCAUUCUCUUCUU